AUGCCGGCGUCGACGUGCUUCCGCGAGUGCUGCGUCUCCGACGGCGACGGCGCCGUCAACCUGCGCGAGCCCGCCGAGAACUUCACCCCCGGGAUGCGCCUCGUCCACGACGGCCCCGCGAGCGCGGUGUUCGCGGGUCGGUUCGGCGACGUCGCGGUCGCGGUCAAGAAGCCGCGGCUGCACACGAAGACGGAGAUCGAUCGCUACCACGUCGAGCUGCGGCUGAUGCUCUCGCUGAGGCACCCGAACGUGCUGACGGUGUGCGCCGCGCGCGCGCAUCCGCCCGAGUACUUCCUCGUGUUCCCGUGGCAGGCGCACGGCAGCGUCGCGCACCUGACGCACGACGCGGGAUGGCGUCCGACGACGCCGGCGCUCCUGAAACUCCUGCGCGAGACGGCGGCGGCGCUGGAGUACCUCCACGCGAGAGGGAUCGUGCACCGCGACGUGAAGCCCGCGAACGUGCUGAUGGGCGCGGACAUGGUCGCGCGGCUCGCGGACUUUGGCCUCGCGGAGGAGGAGACCGUGGACGGGCGGUACGUGACCGUCCCCGCCGGGAGCUCCGCGCCCAGCGGCGGGUUCCAGCGGCAGCACAUGGUCGGCAGCCUGGCGUACAUGGCCCCGGAGGUGCUGAUGCGACGCGUGGCGACGUACGACGCGGACGCGUACGCGUUCGGCGUGUACGCGUGCGAAGGCGCGUUCUUCGCCACCGGCGUCGCGCCGUACAGCGACCGCGAGCGGAACGUCGCGCUCGCGCACACGAUCAUGGACCUGUCGUACAACGAGGCCGACCUCGCGAUCGCGAUCGCGAGCGAGGGGUUGCGGCCGAGGCUCCCGGGGGAGGACGGCGGCGACGGCGGCGGCGACGACGACGUCGUUCGAGCCGUCUCGGAGCUCAUCCGCGCGUGCUGGUCCCAGGCGCCCGCCGCGCGCCCGAAGUUUCCCGCCGUCGCGCGCACCCUGGACGACAUCGCGGCGGCGUACAACGUCGCGCGCGGCGCGCCGGCGAGCGCGCCGUUGGAGCCGGUCUGGCGCGCGCGGUCGGCGGAGCGCGACGCCGCCGCCGACGCCGCCGACGAGGUGAGACUGCUCCCCGUACGACCCCGUUCGCGUGGUGCACGCCGUUCCUUGAGGACUUUUCCCGUCGGUCGCGACGAUCAAACCACCGAUCGUGACCCGCAUCCUCGCGCGAUCAACGCGGGCGUCUGGGCGACGCACGGCGCGCGCGGCGCGGACAAGAUGGAAGACAGGCACGUCGUGAUACGCGAGUUGGGGGGCAUACGCGGCGCGCAUCUCCUCGGCGUCUUCGACGGUCACCGCGGGCACGUUUUAUCUCACACUGGUUCCCAUACGACCCCGUUCGCGCGUUCGAGCGCGUCGAGGACGGCGCGAGCGCGAGCGCGAGCGCGGGCGCGGAAUCGGCGACCGCCGCGAGCGCGAGGUCAGACUGCUUCCCAUACGACCCCGCGACGCCGUCCCGGAUGCACCGCGUGCGUCGCGCUGCUGUGGGGCGACGACCUGUACGUCGCGAACGCGGGGGACUGUCGCGCGGUGCUGUGCCGCGACUACGACGCCGGGUCGCACGUCGCGCUAUCGGUGGACCACGCCGCGGGGACGAACGCGUCGGAGCGCGAGAGGAUCGCAGCGCUCGGCGGAACGUUGACGCGACGAAUCGGCGGGUGGCGCGUCGGCGACGCCGGGCUCGCGGUGACCAGGCGCGUCCCAUCUCACACUGCGUUGGGGGACGCGGACGUCAAGCGCGACGGCGUGAUCGCGACGCCGGAGGUGACGCGGACGCGCUUGGACGCGAACGACGCGUACGUCGUGCUCGCGUGCGACGGUCUGUGGGACGUGUGCUCGAACGAGGACGUGGUGUCGAUGAUUCGCGACACGGUGAAGGAGCCGUCGAUGUGCGCCAAGCGGCUGGGCGCGGAGGCCCUGACGCGCGCGAGCGGAGAUAACAUCACCGUGGUCGUCGCGUUCGUGAAGGACGUGAGCACCGCGGAGUUGGUCACGUGGGAGAGGGCGUUUUAG